CUGUGAGCCACCGUAUCAGUUGACAUGCGCGCUUUCGUCACAGUCACCUGACUAAAAGAAAGUCAUGUUGCAAUUAGUGGUAGCCGUAAACACUUGUGCAAUUUACAUGCACAAUUGAUACAUUAAAAACGUUCGAAGAAGUUAUUUUGACUGCCAGAGGAGAUGCAUUAUUACGUAUUAUUUUGUGUGUGGUUGAUUUGUGGCUAACCCAGCUAGCUAGCUAAUGCUCUUCAGUUGUCUCCUCUGGAUUGUUUAAAGAAUACAGGGAUAACAUGCCUCAGUCUGCGGCUAUCAUCAGUGGGAUCCAGAGGAUGGUUUUGUAUGAAACCAGAGCAAGGUAUUUUUUGGUGGGGACCAAUCAGUCAGAGACCAAACACAGAGUCUUGAAGAUUGACCGCACCGAACCCAAGGACCUGGUCAUAAUUGAUGAUAAGCAUGUGUACAGCCAGCAAGAGGUUCGGGAGUUGCUGGGCCGCCUGGACCUGGGCAACCGAACCAAGAUUGGCCAAAAAGGUUCCUCAGGCCUGUCCAGGGCCGUCUCCGCCUUUGGCAUUGUGGGGUUUGUACGUUUCCUUGAGGGAUACUACAUUGUAUUGAUCACCAAGCGCAGAAAAAUGGCUGACAUCGGUGGCCACUCCAUCUACAAAAUUGAAGACACCAGCAUGAUCUACAUCCCCAAUGACUCGGUCAGGGUUACACACCCUGAUGAAGCAAGAUAUGUGCGGAUCUUUCAGAACGUGGACCUAUCCAGCAACUUCUACUUCAGCUACAGCUAUGACCUGAGCCAUUCGCUGCAGUACAACCUGACUUUGCUGCAGAGGCCUUAUGAACUGUGGUCUUCACCAAUUUCCCCUGCUGAGGAAGAGGUUAACACACAGAGCAAGCAGGACAGCUUUGACAUCUUUGAAGAUGAGGGUCUGCCUACGCAAGUGGUUUACGGCCUCCAGAACGAGCCGUACUACAAGUACGUGUGGAACGGGAAGCUGCUGGAACGAGUCAAGGACAUAGUGCAUCAUGACUGGCUCAUGUAUAUAAUCCACGGCUUUUGUGGCCAGUCCAAGCUGCUGAUCUACGGCCGACCGGUCCACAUCACCCUUUUUGCCAGGCGCUCCAGCAAAUUUGCCGGGACCCGCUUCCUCAAAAGAGGAGCAAACUGCGAGGGGGAUGUGGCUAAUGAGGUUGAGACAGAGCAGAUUGUCCAUGACGCCUCAGUUAUGUCUUUCGUGGCAGGAAGUUACUCCUCAUACGUCCAGGUGCGAGGUUCUGUUCCGCUCUACUGGUCUCAAGACAUUUCCACCAUGAUGCCAAAACCCCCAAUACGAUUGGACCAAGCUGACCCAUACGCCCACGUAGCUGCCCUCCAUUUUGACCAGAUGCUGCAGCGGUUUGGCUCGCCUAUCAUCAUCCUCAACUUGGUCAAGAAACGGGAAAAGAGGAAACAUGAGAAGAUUCUGAGUGAAGAGCUUUACCCAGCUGUGAUCAACCUAAAUCAGUUCCUCCCUCCAGACAAUUGCAUCGACUACAUCGCCUGGGACAUGGCCCGCUACACAAAGAGUAAGUUGUGCAACGUUCUGGACCGUCUAAGCAUGAUAGCAGAGAACGUGGUUAAACGAACAGGUUUCUUCAUUAAUCGCUCCGACCUCUACUGUCACACCAUCAGACCAGAUGACAGGUGGGGAGAUUUAGGUGGACACAUCACAGCCAGUGGACGGGUGCAGACUGGUGUAUUGCGGACCAACUGCGUGGACUGUCUGGAUCGGACCAACACAGCCCAGUUCAUGGUGGGAAAGUGUGCACUGGCCUAUCAGCUCUAUGCACUGGGAAUGAUUGACAAGCCCAAACUUCAGUUUGAUACUGACUGUGUGAGGUUGUUUGAGGAGCUGUAUGAGGACCAUGGAGACACUUUGUCGCUGCAGUACGGCGGCUCCCAGCUGGUCCACAGGGUCAAGACCUACCGCAAGAUCGCUCCCUGGACACAACACUCCAAGGACAUCAUGCAGACACUGUCGCGCUACUACAGCAAUGCUUUUUCAGAUGCUGACAGACAGGAUGCCAUCAACCUGUUUCUCCAAGUCUACCAGCCAUCGGAGUCCAAGCCACACCUGUGGGAACUUCCCACUGACUUCUACCUGCAUCAGAAGAACAGCAUGACCCUCCCCCAAGACAGACGCAGUUACACGCUGUGGUGGUCACCAGGAAUCUUGUCCUACCUUCCUCUGGCCUAUGAUGAAGUCCCAUGUGAGGACAGCAUGAAAAAGGUCAAAGUGAAGAGAGUGAACCGCUUUGAGGAGAGUAUUGACAUCUACACAGAAUUCUUCAAACCUUAUGAACUUACCGCCUUUGAUGACACAUUCUGCAUCGCCAUGACCAACUCUGCAAGGGAAUUCAUGCCCAAGACCGUUGGAGUGGAUCCAAGCCCAUUCACAGUUCGCAAGCCAGAGGAAACAGGAAAAUCAGUGCUGGGCAACAAGAGUAGUAAGGAGGAGACACUGCUACAGAGGAAGACUGCAGCCAGCGCCCCUCCUCCCCCGAGUGAGGAGGCUAUUAGCAGCACAUCGGAGGACGACUCCGAAGAGGACCGCGAUGACGACGGAUCCGUGUCCCAGCGUUCUACCCCAAUCAAACUGCUAACAGAGUCUGGUGAAAGCAAUCGCACACAGGAGGAGAUCCAGCAGCAGUCAGUUAAGGAGCCAUAUGGACUCAAUCUGUCUGAGUUUCCUGCUGAGAAAGACCUUCUCAUUUAUCAAAGGUUUGCACGUCUGGGCGAGAGCCAGCACAGGGUGGAAAGAACUGAACACAUAAACCUGGCAAACAUCAUCUGCUUAGAGCCGGUGUCCUGCUUCCCUGAGGACAGCAUCUGCGCCGUUUCUCCCCCGCAGGUCAACAGAGAAAGCCGCGAGGAGUUUGAGAGCCAUGUGAUGACGGGUCAGGGUCAGGUGAGGGUGCUGUGCAGGGACGACAUGUUGAUGUACAGGGAGUACGUCAAGAACAGAUACAUGUGAGACACAGACAUCGAGAACUGGAUCUCUGUUACCGAUGUGCAAAUCCAGAUUAUCGGAUCCAAUGCUGGGAGUAGAAAGUCCAUACACUUGCUUAUACAACCCGUGUGUCCUGUAUUUGGACUCAACUAUGCGGGUUGAUUUAUUUCAUUUUUUAACAGUCAUUUGUGUGUUUUACAGUAAUACCUGCAAAUGUUAUUCAGUUAUGUCAGUUUUGUUUUUAUUCAUUCAGACAUGCCUCAACAGGUUACCUAUUUGGUGCUUUUUAUUUAUUCAGUUUUUUUCCAUUUAAAUUUAGAAUGACACUCUUUUAAUUCAAUUUAUUUAACUAAAUGUUUGUUUUGAACAUGUAUAUUGAUAUAAUUUUUUACUCUUAAAGGUCCCAUAUUAUACUAAUUUCCAGGUUCGUAUGAAUAUUGUGUUUCUACUAAAACAUGUAAAACAGAUUUUAUGUUCAAAUACUUGAAUAUAAUUGUAUUCAACAUCUUUCUGAAAUUCUCCAUUUUAACGCCUGUCUCUUUAAGCCCCCCUUUCCAAAAAAAACAGUCUGUUCUGAUUGGUCAGCAUUUCCUGGUCUUCCGCAUUCAUAUAUUAACAAUAUGGGAUCUUUAAGUAUUUUGAAUCUUAAACGUUAGAAACAAUAUUAUUAUAGAAUAUAAUUAGUAUGAUGGCAGGCCCAGAGAUUAUGAUGAUUGAUUCUGUAAAUUCCAUUUCAGAUGUGCUUUGAGUUUUGAUCUUUUGUUUUUAAUUUAUUCUGUUUAACCAUUGUGCCAUGACCAGGAUAUAUAUUGUUUUUCCUUAAUUGCUCUCACAAAACUAUUUGAAACAAUUAGCUUGCAUAACAUAAGUCAUGUACUGUAAAUGUAUAUCCAGGUUGUUUGCCUUUUUUCUCAUACACUGAGACUUUGAUAUUGGGGGUUUCAUCAAACCUCAUUCCUAGUUUACAAAGCUGCACACCUGAAAAAUCUGUUUUGUCUAAAUGCAUUUAUUUAAUGUCAUCUGAUUAUGACCAGUAGUUCUAAAUUAAACAUGUACUUACAGUAUAAA